AUGUCGCCGACUGGAUUGAGUCCCGAAGGCCUGUCAACAAACCGGCGAAUGGAUGGACAAAAGCAAACCAGACAGCGCAAAGAAGAAAGUCAUCCCGGACCUGAAAAAUCAAUAAAUGCGUGCCUUGCCGCCAAAUCAUACGGCGUUCUCAAGGGUCCUACUAUCCUGUUUGUCUAUUCAGGUGAUUUCCGCAGAGAGCAAACGUAUCCUGAAUUGCAGAAAUCGGGGAAAGUGUCUGUUAGGCGGAACUCUACACGGAUCCCACUUUACCACUGGCAGUCAGGUGCUACCGCCGAAAAACCGAUCCCACGCAAGAUUAGCCGAAAAUUCGGAACGCUUGCUGGUCCGGCAUGA